UUUCUCCCCUUUUCUCCCCCAGCAGGCUUCGGUUACAGCUCAAAAAUGGCGGCUGGAAAUGCUUCAAAGUUACAAGACUAUAUCAAACUGGGGGACCUGAAAGCCGUGAAGAAACUCAUGGCUCCUUUCACCUCCUCUGACAGCAUCAGAGAAAUAGAGAGCAUGAUUCAACUUCCGAAAACAACGAAAGAGAAGCCAAAGAGCGCAGCAUACGAGGCGGUGAAUCUGUUACAGCGAUACGGAAGCAAGUUCACCACGAAGGACGGCUGGACACUGCUGCACCGCUCCGCCACGUCUACCCCUGCCCACAUAUACGUCAUGGCCAGCAACGGGGUACCUGUUAACGUUCAGAACUCGAACGGUGACACAGCGCUCCACCUUGCAGUAAAGGCAGACAAUUACGAUACGACUGAGGCCCUGCUGCAAUGCUGCGCGGACCUCACAAUCCGAAACAAGCAAGGUGCAGUAUCGAUGGUGCAGACAGGAAAAGCAAAAAGUUUGGCGAGACACCUGCCAACGUUCUGGACCCAUCUAGACUGUCAAGUCAAGGAUGGGCUCAGUUUGCUUCAGCUGGGAAUGGUCAAGGUGAACGAGGACGAGAAUGUGGCGGAUUGUUGUCGGAUUCUCCAGGACUUCCGAGACUCCAGUAGAGGAAUGAGAGUGGCAUGAACGCCCGAGAGCUCGCCGUUUCUAAGGGAAGAAGUGAUAUAGUUCAAACCAUUGACAAGCAACUCGGCAAGACGCUGCUGGAGGUAGUGGAAGAAGGCAAAGACAGUGACGAUAUCAAGGCUUUGAGGCACUACUCGGAGAUUGAGUUUCGCGGGAUCACCUUAUUCCAGGCCGCGGCCAAGGGAGAUCUGGCAGACGUGAAGACACACAACGUAGGAAACUUCCAAGAUAAGAACGGAUACACAGCACUGAUCCGUGCUAUAGUCUUCCAGCAACUUGAAGUGACCAAGUAUCUCUGCACGUCAAGGCCUGUGCUCAAGUCUAUGCCAGAUAACUGCAACCGCUAUCCACUCCACUACGCGUGUGCCUUGCCUGAGCAAAUUGGAAAGGAAUUCAUCAAAGUUUUGCUGGAGCGGAAACCUGAGGAUAUCGAAAAGAGGAGAGAUAAAGAAGGUUCCCCCCUAGCACAAAUGUCAGAUGGAGCAGUGGACCUUCUGCCUGUUGCCUAGCGAUGGAGACAGGACCAGAGACAGCCCAGAGGUCAGCCUCGUGUUCCCCCUGACCUGGAGUCCACUGCUGCCCUAGAUGACCAGUGCCUGCCUAAACCAGUUAAUGGCAUACUCAUCCCUUUAUUGAUUUGUUACACUUUGCCUUAUUAAUCUUCUUUUCGGAAGGCUAAAUUGGCAUUUAAAUAAAAUGAAAGACCAGAGUGCCUGAAAAACUAGUAAAGAAAAGAGGGCAGAUGCAAUAAGUUAGUUUAUAAGUAUUUCUUGCGAUUGUUUCAGCCAUCGCUUCAGAUCAUAUAACAUAAAAUGCAUUAUGUACCCAAAA